AUGUCCACCGCGGCCGCGCAAUACAAGAAAAAGGAUGGCACGGUCACGGUCUCUGCAGACGGCAAGACCGUCUCAUGGACGGCAUCGGCCGCUAAUGCUCCUGCGCUGACCAUAGCCAUUGGCGACAUUGGAAAUCUUCAGCAGACACCCGCGACUUCAGCCAAAGCCUCGAUCAAAAUCGUCGUACAAGAGCCCUCCCCCCAGGCUGGAAACCACACCCUGACCUUCACCUCUGCCGCCGCUCGCGAAGACCAGCAAAACAUCACCGGUCUCUUGCGCAAGUGGAUCGAAGCCUUCAAGUCGCAGAAUGUUGCGACGCCAGUCCCUGCUGCUACGCCUCCUGCAGGUGGCGCAGGCGGAACAUCAGCUGCCAUGGCCAUGGCUCAGACGGUGACAGCGGAGGCAAAGGACACGGACGAUCAAUAUGCAGACACGAAGCUGUUGACAGACCUGGAGCUGCAGAUGUCGUUACUCAACUCAAGCCCCAUACUCCGUCAACGCUUCGACCGAGCUUUGCAAGAGAAGCCAGAUUCUGUGUCAUUGGGACAGUUUUCCAACCACUUUUGGUCCACCAGGGUACACAUGUUGAGGUCGCAUGCUAUAGAGAGAUCACAGGCUACAGGAACAUACAAUGUGCUUUCUGUCAUCAAGGCAAAAACGGUCGACGGCGCGCUCAUGCUCAGCCUCACCAAGGAGCAGAUUGAGCUCCUCUUUCGACAGCAUCCCGUCGUCCAAAAAGCCUACAAUGAGAAUGUUCCCCAACUGAGUGAGGGCGACUUUUGGGAGAGGUUCUUCCACAGUCGUCUGAUGAAGAAACUCAAGGGCGAACGCAUCUCCGACAAGGAUGUGCUUGAUCCCAAGCUGGACAAGUACCUGGCAUACGAUGAAAGGACUGAAGAGGAUCAUGAGCUGCUUGCUUCUUCCAUACCUAAUUUCAUCAACAUAGAGGGCAACGAGAAUAAUCACAGCCAGAAACAGGGUAACCGCCCCGACUUCACCAUGAACCCAGCGAAUUUCGAAAAGGCGCCAAUAUUGCGCGUACUAAACCGAAUGAGCGAGAAGAUGAUGAAGGAAGUGCCAAAUUCCGAUGCAAGCCGGCAUGCGCCUGUUGGUCUUGACGAGGAAACCUACAAGGAGUUGCAGCUCCGCGACUUGCAACGCGCCGAUGACGAUAAUAGGGUAGUCCUCAAAGUACAAGAUCAGAGUCGCUUCUUCUCCGCAGGACAAAGCGUGCACACUUCGACUAGUGCUGCCACAUAUACGAAACGGACGCCGGCGCAGGUUUUGUCUACCUUGCAGCACGACCUCGGCCGUCUGGGGGUACAGAAUAACGGUGCUAUCAAGGUGGACAUGCAUGCCACCAUUCAAGUAGACGACGACAGUAGUAGCGAUGAGGAAGAUGCUGCACCGAAGAAGCUGAGGGUUGGCAGUCGAGCUUCACGAAAAGCGGCCACACUGCAGACGGUAUCAGCAAUCAAGAAGCAGCAUCUGCAUGGGGAUGAGUACCUGGCCUCCAAAACGGUCGCAAACAGCGAGUUAGCAUCGAAGCUCAGCAUCCCGGAGAGUAUCCUGGAGAGUCUUACGAUGACGCACAACACGACGGUCGAGUUCCUGCACUAUUUCUGGGCCGUAUUCUACUCAGGAGACGCUGACCGCGCCAACGAAGUGGCAAAACUGAUAGAGACGUUGGACAAAUCGCUCGACCGCAUUUCUGCCGUGGCAAAUGCGGCAGAGGCGGAGCGCACAGCACGCGUCGAACAGCUAAGGAAGGACAAUGAAUAUGCAAAUCAGCGUUCCGCGAGGAAGAGAAAGUUCGAUCCGGACGCCAUCAAGGGCGGGGCCCAGGCCGUCAACCAGAUUGUAGAGCCACUCCUCCGCGCGAUCAACGCCGCACGCAGUCGGUAUCAGAAAUCUCUGCAGGAGCAAAUGGGCCAGGUUGGGUCAUGA